AUGAGCGACUGGGAAAACGACGACGUGGGGCCUGCGCCUGCGCCCCUCCCUAGCCGGCGCCGCUUUGAGGACGAGGACGUGGAGGAAGACGAUAUCAAGGACGACUGGGAAGAAGAAGAUGAGGAGCCGCCGAAGCCUGCGCCUGCGCCGGAGCCCAAGAAGCGUCUGUCGGUGAAGCAAAAGAUUGCCGAGAAAGAGGCGCAGCGCCAGCAAAACACGGGCAACGAUUUUGAUGACUGGGACCUCGAAGACGAUGGCGAGGACGACGACGAGCGCCGCCGCCAGGAGAAGGAGGCGCAGAUGCGCUCUGACCUCGACAAUGCCGCGGCUCUGCUCGGUGCAUCGUCCCUGGACGAAAAGAAGACGGCCGCCGGCGCAGCGGUGCCGUCUUCGCUCGCGGAUGCCAAGCCGACGAGCAAGGAUGAGUGGGAGGCCUUUGCCACGGAGCUGUACCAGACGCUCGUGCAGCCCAAGGCGUCUCGGCCCGGAUUCGACAAGUACUUCUUCCCUCACCUGAUCACGCUGCUCACUACAAACGGCCUGCGCGACGUCGACAUGCGCAAGGGCGCCACAAAGCUGCGCGAGCUUGCCGAGGCCAAGGUGCGUGCGGACAAGGAGGCGAAGAAGACGGGCGGCAACGUCAAGCGACCGGCAGCCAAGCCCAAGCAGGUCGGCACGAGCAGUGCAAAGAAUACAAUCGACCUCAAGGCGUACGGCGACGAGGCACUGGACGACGAUCUCGAGUUCAUGUAG